AUGUGCACCAGAGGCCACUGGAGGCCGUCGGAGGACGAGAGGCUCAAGGAGCUCGUCGCGCGGUACGGGCCGCACAACUGGAACGCCAUCGCCGAGAAGCUCCAGGGCCGAUCAGGGAAGAGCUGCAGGCUGAGGUGGUUCAACCAGCUGGACCCGAGGAUCAACCGGAGCCCCUUCUCGGAGGAGGAGGAGGAGCUGCUCCUGGCCUCGCACCGCGUCCAUGGCAACCGGUGGGCCGUCAUCGCGAGGCUCUUCCCGGGCCGCACCGACAACGCCGUCAAGAACCACUGGCAUGUGAUCAUGGCGCGCCGGUGCAGGGAGCGGAUGAGGCUGUCGUCCAACAGACGUGCCACGCCCGCCGCCGCCUCCACCACCACCGCCGGUGCCGAGAAAGACGAGAGCCCUAAGAACACCACGGGCGGCGAGAAGCCGAGACUUCCGGAGACGAAUACCAUGGCCGCCUUGCUCCAUAAGUACCGCAGAGAAUUUGCUGCCCCCUUCGCGAUCAGCCAUCACAGUAGCAAGGAGGGUUACUGCUCAUCCACGAAUGAAGAUACGAAUAGAUCGGUGGAGUUCUACGAUUUCCUCCAGGUGAACGUGAGCUCGAGCGACACCAAGUGCGGCUCGAGCAUCGAGGAGAACCGGGACGACGACGACGAUCAGCAAGCCGAAGGGCAGGUGUCGCUCAUAGAUUUCAUGGAGCUUGUAAUGCUUUGUGAGGAGGCCGGGCCAUGCUACAUCUGUAGCAAUCUAACACCAAAUAUACUUAUAGAGGAAGCUAAGCGAAAUGCAAAAGUAUAUAUAUGA